AUGCUACCGACCGACGUCUGGGACUAUAUUGUCGUCGGAGGCGGCCUCGCCGGCUCCGUCGUCUCGAGCCGGCUGUUGGCGCUCAACAACACGGCCAAGAUCCUCGUCAUCGAGGCGGGUCCCAGCGCUGCUGGCCGGACGGACAUUCUCUACGUCAACUCGACCAACCUGAUCGCGGGCGACUUUGACUGGAACUACUACUCCACGCCGCAAUCCCAGCUCAACGGCCGCACUAUUCAGAGCGCUGCCGGUAAGGGUCUCGGCGGUGGUGGAUGGAUGCGUGGUGCCCGCGUCGACUAUGACGAGUGGGCCGAACUGGCCAACGACUCCCGUUGGAGCUACGAGAGCCAGCUGCCGUUCUUCAAGCGGUCCGAGGCGUACUGGACCGACGUCAACGCCGACGAGCACGGGUACGACGGACCCCUCAAGGUCGAGGUGCCCUCAGUCACGGGCCGCGUCUACCCCCUCAGAGACGCCGUCUACGCCUCGUACGAGUCCGUCGGCGUCAAGGCUCUCCCGGGCCUGGACGCUAAUGCCGGCCAGAACCUCGGCUUUGGCGAGAUUUCAGAGAACCGCCGCAACGGCGUCCGUCAGAUCGCGUCAGAAUACUACCCCCUCGACGGCGUCACGGUCAUGACGGACACGCUGGUCGAGAAGAUUAUCCUCCAGAGUGACAACAGCUCUAGCACUGGUGCCCUUCUCGCAACCGGCGUCCGCCUCGCCAACGGCACGGAGAUCCUCGGCAAGGAGGUCAUCGCCGCCGCCGGCGCCUACCGCACGCCGCAGCUCCUGAUGCUAUCCGGCAUCGGCCCGUCCGACGAGCUCGCCAAGCACGGCAUCGAAACCAAGCUCGACGCGCCCGAGGUCGGCAAGAACUUUGCCGACCACCCCUUCUUCACCUACAACUGGCGCCUCUCCCCGCAGUACCGCAACGCGACCGUCGACUCAGGCAACACCCUCUUCUUCCAGCCGCAGUACGGUCUCGGCCAGCCCAACAACUUUGUCGCCUCCUUUGGCGUGGAAGACCAGGACGGCCUCGUCGCCGCCAUCACCAAAGAAGAGGGCACCGCGCCCGACCCGGCGACGCACCCGCUCCUCAAGAACGAGCGCACCCUCAUGGAGGGGUUCGUGCUCUACGUCAACACGAACCCGGCGCUCCCGUCCAACAGCACCUACCUCACGACCGCCAACGUCGGCCUGCACCCCACGAGCCGCGGCUCCGUGACGCUCGCCUCCGCGGACCCGAGCGAGGCCCCGCUCAUCGACCCUAACUUCUUCGCUUCCGAGGUUGACCGAUUCGUGUGGCGCGACUCGAUCCGCCGGAUGACGCGGAUGAUGAUGGGCGGCGAGUCGCCUCUGAGCCAGGGGAUCGUCGAGGCCGAGGCGCCGGCGGAAGGUCUAAAGGCGUUUACGCUCGAGUCGACGGACGAGGAGAUUGAGGAGCGCAUCCGCGCUUCCGUCAUCGGAACGUACCACCCGAUGGGCACAUGCGCCAUGGGCAAAGUCGUCGACAGCGAUCUGCGCGUCAAGGGCGUCAGCAACCUCCGUGUUGUGGAUGCCUCCGUGUUCCCGACAAUCAUCACGGCUCACAUCCAGGCCGCGGUGUACGCCCUCGCCGAGCAGGCUGCCGAGAUCAUUGCUUCGUCAUAGGUUGAAGGACUCUCGUUUCUGACGUUGACGACAUUAUGCAUGAAAAUGAGAGAGG